AUGUUGCACUUGGCUCUGAAUAAUACGAAUUUUCAAUCCAAUGAUUUAGUUUUAUUCAUCGCCUCAUUCCUGCAGUUGCACAACAUAAACACUUGAAAAAAUCUUCAAUGGAAAGAACGUAUUGCAUAUUCCAUUGCAUGCUACACUGAGUGUCAUGAAAUGGAAAAUAACGCGGUGUAUUUGAUGGCAGAAUCUUCGAGGAUCUUAUCCGCUUGCUGUUUUUUGGGUGGUAGGAUGAUUCAGUUCACUUCAUUGACAACCAAAUUAAGUUUCCACCAAAACAGUCGUCAAUACUGCACUCAAAGCGAAAUUGCUGUUACGAUACCCCGCACUCUACGACCUUCACCUCGCUUGAUCGCGAAAACUGAUAAUAACAACAAAUUUUUACGCCUUUUAUUGGAACUGGAAUUGCUAUAUGGAGUUGCUGAAACAAGAUUACCGACUUAUCUCACAGACAGCGACUGGAUGAAAUAUAUUCAGAUGACUAGUAUUAUCGAAAGAUGUUGCUACUUGCAUCAGCUUUAUGAAAGUAGAAAAGAAAUUAAAGGGAAUCUUAAAAUAAAGAUGCAUGAAGAAGAGGAAAUUGGUCAUAAUGGACGCUUUCCUAUCAGCACUCUUUAUUACUUCAAAAGAGAAGAUUUCAGAAAAUUUGCUUACGAAAUAUUCGGUUCUCGAUUAUUAGCUGCAUGGCGCUGUAAAGAUGCGUUCCCGCCGUUAUUAGUUGAUUGUUGUUAUCUAGCCGAUUUGAAUCAUUCAACACAGAGAAUUCUAGUAAAGCAGAUGAAAGAUCUGCUGCUCGACAACAGCCUUCAGCGAAAUCCUUUCCCUGUCGUUUUUGUAAAUUAUCGUACUACAAUUAACACCGCUGAAGAAAUUGUGAAUUCAUGGCUUCGCAAACGUUGUUUACCAAAAUAUCGUCCGCCCACUGUUAAUGGAAAUGAAGCAGAGCCUGAAGAACCUUCCGAUCAGAAAAGUGACAGAGGAAAGAAGGAUCGUAUCAGUGCUCCAUUUGUUCCUGUUGUUACAUCAGCAACAAUUCGUGAAUGCCUCGGCUGCAUUAGCCCUGAAGAAAUUGCUUAUAUUAAUCCGCGAGCUGCAGAAUAUUUACCACGUCCGCUUUCGAAAUAUAAAGCAUUUGUAUUGUGCGCCACUCUGGACAACAAAUUAAUGAAUUCUGCUUUUCAAGCAGCCAAAACUGAGCAGCUAAAUUCAUACAAAUUGCCCAUCGCUAAAUUUUUGAAUCUGGGCCAAACAGCAGUUAUAAUGCCCCUACGCAUCACAGCAAACAUAAUUCGUGACGUUUACGCAACGGAUUGCGAGUGGAGAACGGCAUUCAACAAACGUAUACCUUAUUUCGAUGUCUUGGCUAGUGAUAUGUAUCGAAACCACGACAGUGAUAAGGAUACUCUUGAGGUUAUAGGACAAUGGAUUUCGGAUGCUGAACGAAGAGGGAAACGAAGAAGAAAGUUCUUUCAUUUAUAUAGUAGGGAAGAACGAAGAGCAAUACGGGCGAUGCCUGCAGAACAGAAUCUGUCUGGAGGAUUAAAUUAA